AUGGACUCACCUACUGGAUCGAUGCGCCCCCCUCUCACCAGCUACACAUUCGGCGGUGUAUCUGCAGUAGGCGCCGUGUUUUUCACGCACCCAUUCGACUUGCUGAAAAUCCACUUGCAAACGUCCAAGACAAAGAAUGGGGGACUUGUGACCGCCACCCGCCGAGUUCUCCAGCAGCAGGGACUCAGUGGACUCUACCAGGGCAUUUCGGGAGGGGUGAUGAGGGAGGGCAUGUACUCAACCACCCGAUUUGCAGUGUACCACUAUCUAAAAGAUGACGCCGUGCGUCGGAAUGACGACAAUCCUAUCUCAACGGGACACAACGUUCUGCUUGGGAUGAUUGGCGGAGUGCUUGGGGGGAUAAUGGGUAACCCAGCCGACAUUGUAAACAUCCGCAUGCAGGCCGAUAGUCGCUUGCCAGCCGAGAAGAGACGCAAUUACAAACAUGCGGUCGACGGACUGCUUCGAGUCGAAAAAGAGGAGGGACUUGCAGCGUUACUGCGCGGCGUUCGACCGAAUAUGAUCCGAGCCAUGUUGCUCACGACAGGGCAAAUCGCAGCCUACGACUUGACGAAAUCGACACUUCUAACGAACCAGGUGGUGCUGAUGCAGGACGAUCUUCAGACUCACGUUGUGGCUAGUGUGGUGGCUGGAUUGGUGGCUACGACGGCUUGUGCCCCGGCUGAUGUCGUCAAAACAAGGCUGAUGAAUACGCACGCCCAGGAGUACACAAGUGCCACCGAUUGCUUCCUGCAGGUCAUCAAGCACGAAGGAGUGAGGGGGACUGUACAAGGGGGGUGGCUGCCAGCAUACAUGCGACUCGGGCCCCAGACGCUACUGACGUUCGUGUUUUUAGAACAACUGCGCAAACAUUUGUUGCACGCGUGA